CGUGGCCUGCAGGCUACUAGAAGCGCGCGUAAUUAAGCCUAUUUAAAAACUAAAACUAAAGCACAGAAAAUCAAUAUUUUGUUUUUCCAGUGUGAGUCGUUAGAUGGCGCUGUCGGGGAACGAGCCGCAGCCAGAGAGAGAGCCUCUGGCCCCACGACAAGAGUACGCGGGGGCUCCGUCGACUCCAUCGAGGAACUCCACCGCGUUGCUGCACCCGGUGCCGCGCGGUCUGCGGCGCGCUGCUCAAUCACAGCGAGAUUUACGCAGUUCUGCUCAUAGUCACACCCGGAAAGGAGGACCAUCGACGCACCGGAUUGCCGCUGAAGUUGUUCACGCACACGGACACGCACGCACGCACGCGCGCGCGCACACACAUCGGUCAGCUGUCGGAGCGGGGAAGUUGCCCGCGGCGCCGCGCGCUGCGUCGAUCGCCGGGACUCUGGUUUUUAAAAGUUAUGGUUUCCUCGCCGGUUGUCACGCGGGCUCGGAGAAUGUUGAGAGGACCCGCAGCUUUCUACGUGUGUGGGGGAUGAUCGCGACCUGCAGCGACCUUUUCAUUAUGGUGAGAAGAUGUCUUCUCACUUUCAAACCCUUCAGGAUCUUCGUGGUGGGGAUCGGCUUCUUCAGCCUGUGCUUCCUAAUGACGUCCCUCGGGGGCCAGUUCUCGGCCAAGAGGCCCGUGGACUCCCCCUUCACGGUGCGGGCCGAAGUGCUCAGCGGACACGAGUCUCGUGGGGUUCUGAGGAAGAUCAGCGACAUGCUGGAGGUCAUAAUGAAGCGGAUGGACGCUCUGUCUAAACUGGGCAACACCACGGAGGCCCACAGGCUGGACGAGCUCAGCUCGGCGCUGGACAGGAUCCAGCCUGUCGGGCUGGUGGAGCGGAUUCAGGCCAUAGCCCAGAACAUGUCCGACAUGGCCGUGAGGGUGGAGCAGAUCCUCCAGCGCAGCAUGGCCGCCAACAGAGUCAGGGAAGGCACGUUAGGACAAUGUGAGACUCCUAAAGAUCCCCGUUACCCAGACUGCCCCAGCAAGAUGGAUUGGAUGCGCGCCCGUUGGACCUCUGACCCUUGCUACGCCUUCUAUGGCGUGGACGGCUCCGACUGCUCCUUCCUGGUCUACCUGAGCGAGGUGGAGUGGUUCUGCCCCCCGCUGGCCUGGAGGAACCAGACCGCCACCCCCACCCUGAAGCCUCCGCCCAAGACACAGGCUGCUUUCCGGUCCGACAUCGGGGCCCUGCUGGAGCAGGUGGGCGCCGGGAAGGAGUCGCUGAGCUUCAUGAAGCGGCGCAUACGCAGGAUGGCGGCGCAGUGGGCCUCGGCGGCUCGGCGGCUGGAUGACAAGCUGCGCGACCACCGGCGGGAGCAGAAGAGGAUUCUAGUUCACGUGGGCUUUCUGACCGAGGAGUCCGGGGAUGUUUUCAGUCCCAAAGUGCUGAAGGGGGGUCCGCUGGGUGAGAUGGUGCAGUGGGCCGACAUCCUCACAGCCCUCCACGUGCUGGGACACGACCUCAAGAUCUCCGUGUCCCUCAAGGAGCUGCACGGGUUUUUGGGCGUCCCUCCGGGAAGAGGAAACUGCCCUCUGACAGGACCUCUGCCCUUUGACCUCAUCUACACCGACUACCACGGCCUGCAGCAGAUGAAGCACCACAUGGGCCUGUCGCUGAGGAAGCACAAGUGCCACAUCAGAGUGAUCGACACCUUCGGCACGGAGCCGGCUUACAACCACGAGGAGUACGCCACCCUGCACGGCUACAGGACCAACUGGGGCUACUGGAACCUGCGCGGCCAGCAGUACAUGACCAUGUUCCCCCACACUCCAGAUAACUCCUUCAUGGGUUUUGUGGCGGAGGAGCUGAACGAGACGGAGCGGCUGAACAUCCAGCGGAACAAGGUCAACAACAUGGCUGUUGUGUACGGCAAAGACGCCAGCAUGUGGAAGCUUCAAGGGAAAGAAAAGUUCCUUGCCAUUCUGCAUCGCUACAUGGAGAUCCACGGCACGGUCUACUACGAGGCGCAGCGUCCUCCAGAGGUUCCCGCCUUUGUAAAGAACCACGGCCUGCUGCCUCAGCAGGAGCUGCAGCAGCUGCUCAGAAAGGCCAAGCUGUUCAUCGGGUUUGGCUUUCCCUACGAAGGUCCCGCCCCUCUGGAGGCCAUAGCCAAUGGUUGCAUCUUCCUGCAACCCAAGUUUAAUCCCUCUCACAGCUCUCUCAACCAUGACUUCUUCAGAGGGAAGCCUACCUCCAGGAAGGUGUCCUCUCAGCAUCCGUAUGCAGAGCAGUACAUUGGCCGGCCGCACGUCAUCACCAUCGACUUCAACAACUCUGAAGAGUUUGAAUCGACCGUCCGUGAGAUCAUGAGGAUGAAUGUGAAGCCCUUCUUGCCGUAUGAGUACACCUGUGAGGGGAUGCUUGAAAGAGUCCACGCCUACAUUCAGAACCAGGACUUUUGUCGCCCCGAAGCUCCGUUUCCUCCGGUCAACUCGUCGUGGCUCGGCGACGCUCCCGGUCCUUUCGUCCUCCCGCCCGACUCCAGCAUCCUCGCCUGGGGCGCCAACGCCAGCUCCUACGCGCCGUGGCCCCCCCUCAGCGCGCUGCGCCUCCUGGCCUCGCCGGAGGGCCAGUCGUGCGUGAGGGCGUGCCGGAGGGCGGGACUCGUCUGCGAACCCGCUCUGUACCGUUUCAUCAACAUCAGGGAGGCCUUCAGCGCACUGGACCUCCAGUGUGACGGGUUGGAGUCGGAGAUGAACCACCUCUUCCCCGCCUUCUCAGCGGAGCACGCGGAAUGCGGCCUGCAGCGGGACCCGCUGCUGUUCAGCUGCGCCGGCUCCAGUGGCCGAUACCGCCGCCUGUGCCCCUGCAGAGACUAUCGCGUGGGCCAGGUGGCGCUGUGCAGAGACUGCCUAUGACUGGAGGAGGACGCUUUGUAGUCGGCGUCGUAGAGACGGCGUGGCACAUAGACUCUACUCCGACGGUGUAACCUCUCAGGGAGCUGCAUGAUUGUACUUUGAAUGUGGUGGGUUUGAAGCUUCAGUUUAAAGGUUUCACGUGGCGGCAGUCUUCACUAAAGCGGCGAUGCAACGUCUCAUCGACGCAUCGGUUCGAUUAGUAGGGGAAACCACGCGCAUACAACUUUGAUUUAGAAAAGAAAAAAGAAAUAUUGCAAACGCUUGAAAUUGCCAAGUGUGUUUUCUCGGUGUUGUGUGAAUACCUACAGUCAUAGUGGAGUUUGGAUAUUUGUACUAGAUGCACCCAAAGCCAUGUGCGCCAUGUUGAGAUGUACUAUUUUACAUGUCCUGUAACGAAUAUAUUUGUACAUACGUGUUGUUUAAUAAAAUACAGGCAAAGAGUAAUCGA